AUGUGGACCCACAUUCGACCAUCAUCGGUCCUCAACCGGACAUCGUUCAAGCCGACCAGCAUCAACAACAGGAUCGCUGCCCAGGCUCGCUCGUACUCCUCAGCGAGCGACAGGAAACCCAAGUCGGGUGGGAGCGUCGACUCGGACCCCGAUCACCAAAUUUCAACUUCACCCACCAGCGAUAAGAGCGCAGAUCCCAAGCCGAUCGUCAUCUCUGGCCGUGGGCGUCGCGCAGGCCAUCGCUCGGCCCAGUCAACCCCAUCCAAGCAGUAUGGCUUGUUCCCCAAGCUGGCCCUACCCUUCAAGCCUCUCUCCUCCAACCAUCUAGCCCAUCUCAGACCAACAACCCUCUUUCUCGACCUGUUCUUCUCCCUCCAACGGCCCUUGCUAGAGAUCGAACUCGGCCCAACCGAGCGUCGGUCGAUCACCUUCGAGUCUAAGCAGUCCAAGCAGGAGCUCGAGACCGAUCUAGAGCCCUCAUCCUCGAUCGAAGACUCGCCAGACGACCUUGACUAUCCUCUCAUCGCCUCCGGAUCCCCCUCUGAUCCCGCCUUCAAACCUCCUCACCCCUCCUCUGCCCGUCCUGCCCCAGACGACAGCGAGCUGGACAGUCAGAUGUGGUCGACCAACGACCCGUAUAGUGCCUACCUCAUCGCCGAGCCAGAUGGGGUCCAUCCAGCCUGGUCAGACGCCCUCAAGCGCUGUCUUGCUAACUCUCAAGCCUUCGUCCCACCUCCCGAGCCGAAGCCUAAGCAGCCAGACACCCGCGAUCAUCUCCAGACCCGUCCUCUAUCUGCACCCAAACCAGAUGCCCGAUCCGCGGAACGGGAAAGUCUGGGAACAUUCCAAUCCGAAAAGGAGGCCCAGAUGGAUCGUGAUCGGCAACGAGCACUCAGGUUCCUCAACCCAUACGGCUUAGCAGCAAACAGCAAGACCGAACAGAACGCCGAGCAACCUGCCUCAGAAGACCUGGGUGCUUCUUCGUCCAGCACGGGUGACAGCAACCGGCUCCCGCAGGACCAGCUAUCGUUGACCAUGCAAGCCGCAAGGUUCUUACAUUCAGGCAUGGUGUCCAAUCGAUGGCCAAGCGCUGUGAACUGGGCUGCCAUCGAUUCCCGAUUGACGGCGGCGGCGGAAAGCUACAGCGAGACGAAGAGUCGACCGAGCCGGAAGCUGCAAGACUUCACGGCCUCCUUCCCACCGAUCAGAGGCCAAGACCGGGCGAUCAACUCUGGCCGUCGGGGCCGGACCAGUCACUCCAGACAGCGGAUCUCGUCCUUCCAGGGCGUCACCCCCGCCGGGCAGACGUUCUCGUUCAACACCGAACAGUUGACUCAGAUUAUCAAGUACAGUCAAAGGAUCAUCAAGGAUAAGCUCGCUAUCGAGACCAUCCCUAAGUCGAUCCUCCAAAACCUCGAGCGCUUCGGGGAGUUCUUGAUCCACAAACAUUUCAAAACUCGGGAUCCUCAUCAGAAGCCUUCGAAAUCGAAUGCUGGCAUCGGCGCUUCAAUGCCAAUGGUCAUCAUCGACCCUUCCGCUACCCUCCAGCAAUCUCCUUCUGAUCACACUGGCACUGGUCUUGUCAUAAACUUGGACAGCGUGUUUAGAAAGAAGAAGAGGAAGAUGAAAGUUCACAAAUAUAAGAAGAGAAGAAAAGCUAGGCGAACGUUGAAGAAGCGACAAGGGAAAUAG